CCGCGAUUCUUCAUAGUUUGCGGCGAUUUAGUGAACGCAAUGCCCGGACAUCCGGACAAACGGCCGCAGAUUCGCGACUUCAAGAAGUGCUUCCGUCAUCUCGAUCGCGACAUCCCAUUGGUGUGUGUCUGCGGCAAUCACGACGUGGGCGACACUCCCACCCAGCAGUCCAUCGACGAGUACCGCAAAGACUUCGGUGACGACUACUUCUCGUGGGUGUGCGGAGGCGUCCUCUUCGUGGUGUUGAACUCGCAGUACUUCAAAGACAUCACUCGCGUGCAGGAGUUGGCACGAAAGCAGAGUCAAUGGUUGGACACCGUUCUCGAGGAAUAUAAGCGCAGUCAAUACAAACACAUCGUUGUCUUCCAACACAUUCCAUGGUUCCUAAAGGAGGCGGACGAAGAGGACGACUACUUCAACGUCGAGAAAGAGCUGCGACUCCGACUGCUGGACCAGUUGUACGGCGCGGGCGUGCGAUACAUAUUCACCGGACACUAUCACCGAAACGCCGGCGGUUUCUACAAAGACAUGGAGCUCGUGGUAACGUCGGCGGUCGGCGCCCAACUCGGCACCGAUAAGAGCGGUCUCCGAGUGGUCAGAGUAUACGAGAACUCCAUUCAACACAAAUACUAUGCCAUCGACGAGAUUCCUCUCGACAUCGAGAUCUGA